GAGGCAAAAGUGGGGAGAGAGAAAAGUAUGACAAGGAGAUGAAAGAAAUGAGACAACAACCUUCUUAGCCUCCUCCUCUCCACUAGCUUCUUCUCUUCUUCUUCUUCUUCUCCUCCUUCUCCCUUGCGAUGAGUUCCCUAGUAGACCAGGACUAGAUAGCAAGAGAGAGCAGCUCGAAGAGUAGUAGCAGCAUGCAUCGCUAGCGAGAGUUUCUUGCAGUGAAGGGAAAUCAAGAAAAGAAAGCGUCUAGCCCGAGCCAAAGUUUCGCAGGAAGGGAGAAGAUUCCCGUUUGUUCUUGUUGAAUCUAGAGUAGCUAGCUCGCUUCUCUCGGGUAAAUCUGAGAGCAGCGGCCAUGGCAUCCAACUCAUCAGCGGCGGCUGUGGCGGCUUUGUUUGGGAUUAGGGAUGGCGACCAUGAGGACCAGAUUAAGCCGCUGUUUGGCCAGCAUCAGCAGCAGCACCACCACCAGCAGCCACCGAUGGUGCCAUCCAACGCCACGGUGGCGGUUUCUGCGGCAGGGUCGGCGGCGGGUCAAGCGGCGCCAGCGGCGCCACCAGUGAAGAAGAAGAGAACACUACCAGACCCGGACGCGGAGGUGAUCGCGCUGUCGCCGAAGACGCUGCUGGCGACGAACCGGUUCGUGUGCGAGGUGUGCAACAAGGGGUUCCAGCGGGAGCAGAACCUGCAGCUGCACCGGCGCGGGCACAACCUGCCGUGGAAGCUGAAGCAGAAGAACCCGGCGCAGGCGCAGCGCCGCCGCGUGUACCUGUGCCCGGAGCCGACGUGCGUCCACCACGACCCUUCCCGCGCCCUCGGCGACCUCACCGGCAUCAAGAAGCACUUCUGCCGCAAGCACGGCGAGAAGAAGUGGAAGUGCGACAAGUGCUCCAAGCGCUACGCCGUCCAGUCCGACUGGAAGGCCCACUCCAAGAUCUGCGGCACCCGCGAGUAUCGCUGCGACUGCGGCACCCUCUUCUCUCGGAGGGACAGCUUCAUCACGCACCGGGCCUUCUGCGACGCCCUCGCGCAGGAGAGCGCGCGGCUGCCUCCCGCCGGCCACCUCUACGGCUCCACCAGCGCGGCCAACAUGGCGCUCAGCCUCUCCCAGGUCGGCUCCCACCUCGCCUCCACCCUGCAGGACGCGCACGCCGGGGGCCAUGGGCAUCACGCCUCCCCGGACGGCCUCCUCCGCUUCGGUGGUAGCGGCGGCGGCGGUGGCAUGGUCUCCCGCCUCGACCACCUCCUGUCGUCGUCCAGCGCCGCCUCCGCGUUCCGCCCCCUGCCGCCGCCGCCGCCGCAGUCUUCGGCGCCGUUCCUCCUCGGCGCGGGCCAGGGGUUCGGCGGGGAUGGCGACGGAAAUGGUCCCCACCACGCCUUCUUGCAGGGCAAGCCGUUCCACGGCCUCAUGCAGCUUCCCGACCUCCAGGGGAACGGCGCCGGCGGGCCGUCGCCGUCAAAUCCGGGUCUUUACAACCUCGGCUACAUCGCCAACAGUGCAAACAGCUCGGGUACUUCCAGCCAUGGCCACGCAAGCCAGGGACAGAUGACGAACACUGAUCAGUUUAGCGAAGGAGGAGGAGGUGGCGGCGGCGGUUCAGAGACAUCGGCGACAGCUCUGUUCAGCGCCGGUGGGAACUUCUCCGGCGGCGACCACCACCAAGUUGCUCCUGCAGGGAUGUACGCGAAUGAUCAGGCGAUGAUGCUGCUGCCCCAGAUGUCGGCGACCGCGCUGCUCCAGAAGGCGGCGCAGAUGGGCUCGAGCACGAGCGCGAACGGCGCUGGUGCGUCCGUCUUCGGCGCCUUCGCCGGCUCGUCCCCGCAGUCCAUCCCGCACGGGCGCUCGCCGGCCAUGGUCGACCAGGGGCAGAUGCACCUGCAGAGCCUGAUGAACUCGCUCGCCGGCGGUGGCAGCGCCGAUCAUCACGGCAUGUUCGGCAGUGGCAGCAUGAUUGACCCGAGGCUGUACGACCUGGAGCAGCACGAGGUGAAGUUUAGCCAGCGCGGCGGCGGCGGCGGCGACGGCGACGUGACGCGCGACUUCCUUGGCGUCGGCGGUGGCAGCUUCAUGAGGGGGAUGUCGAUGGCGAGAGGGGAGCACCAUAGCGGUGGUGGCGGCGACAUGGGCGCCCUGGAGGCCGAGAUGAAGUCGGCGUCGUCGUCCUUCAACGGAGGCAGGAUGCAAUGAUCCAUUGCGACAUGGACGUACUCUUCAAGCAUAUAUAUACCGGGCACGUUGGCAUCGACAUGCAUGGCAGAAAUAAGUUUGUUUGCAGGUUGCUAUACAAUGCUGUGACUUGUGACAUGUGAUAGAUGCUUUUGCAUUCGUCCAUGCAAAAGGAUAAAGCCAUAUUCAGAUCGAGACACGGCGUGAGCACGAAGGGCUCCUCUCCUGCUCUCGAUCGAUAUAUCCUACUAAUGCAUGAAGGCUAGAUCAACAGGAAACAUGAGAUCGACAUGAGCUAAAUUAAGUACUUAGGCCUUGUUACUGCUUAUAUGAUAAGUCUUAUUGCUAAAUUUCAUUCGAGAAAAUAGGUCUUGCUAAAUGUAAUUGGGUUAAUUAUACUGGAGGGAUAGUUGCAAUUGGAUUAUGUUGUCCGUUUUUUUUUCCUGUUGUGAGACGAAUAAGAUCUGUGGGGGGAUAAUGAGAUCGACUUGAUUAAUCUUUUCUAUUUCUUGUCCUCUUAUCUAGUUAAGUACCCUCUGGAGGAAAAAUAUUGUUCUU